AUGUGUGACCAUUUCGAUUGGGAUAACAAUGGUAAAAAACUAACGAUUUCACUUCGUAAUUGUUCACAUGAAACAUGUGUAGCACUCACUCAACCAACUUAUUGGCAAGAAUUAACGAAAGAUACAUCGAUUUCAAUAUCAACAAAUGGAAAGUUUGUUCCCAAAGAAUUGGAAGAAAUAAUUGAUUAUGAUAAUCCUUCAAGACUUCAACUUAUUAUUCAGACAGAACAUGAAAAAGACAAACAAAGAUUACAAGACAUUUCUUGGAUAAUUUAUCAUCGAUUUUUUGCUUAUCCAUGUGAGGAACCUAAACAAUGGGAAGAGGAUAAACGAGAUGAGCAAGAUGAAAAACAAUCGAUAACAAACAAUACGAAACGAUCAAAAGCUGAUUCGAAUCAGAGUACCAAAGAUGAAAUAACUCCUGAAGAAAAAAUUUGUCAAACUGGCCAUUCUGAUUUACAUAUUAUUGCUACUGGAAGUAUUGUUCGAGAUGAUCGAGAUAUGGGUAAGAAGUUAUCAUUAGCAGAAGCUAUUUGGAUUGGAGGAAUCAAUGUUCAUCGUGAUUUUCGUGGACAAGGCAUUGGAAUAAUUUUAUUUGCAUAUAUCGAUAAUUAUAUCCAAAAAAUGAUUAAAACUAAUAUCACUGUUGAUUUAUUUACAAAUAAUUUAAAAGCCAAACAUAUUUAUAAACGAUUUGGUUUUAAAUCGAAAGGCUUUAUCCAAAAUGAUUCAAUCAUCGAGAAUGAUCCAGAAGUAAGUUAA